GGAAAUGUUUUUGGCUUUGCAGGCCAUGGGUCUCUCUCUGUAGCAACUGCUCGACUUUGCCAUUGUAGCGUGAAAGUGGCCACAGAAGUACCUAAAUGAGUGAUCAUGGCUGUGUUUCAACAAAACUUUAUUUACAAAAACAAGCAGUGGACCAGACUUGAUCUUCAGACUGUAGUUUGUUUGCCAGCUCCUAAAAUACAUAACUAAGGGCAGACCCUUCUGAACCACAAACAGCAGUUGCCCUGUGUAAGGAGCAACCUUUCAUGGUCAAUGAAUAGUACGUGGGUCAAUGUAGAGAGGCAGCAGACAGAGUGACUUCACUUAUAUCCCAGGUUUACCACUUUGUAGCUGUGUGACCUUGGGCCAGUUACUUAACCUCUCUGUGUUCAGUUUCCUUAUCUAUAAAAUGGGAAUUAAAAAUUAUCUCAUAAUAGUUGUCAGACAAUUUAAAUAUGUUAAUACAUGUAAGGCCACACAAUAGUGCCUGCACUUACAGGUGCUGUAUAAAUUAUACCUGAUAGAAUAGUAAAGGGUCCCUCUGCUAUGAUCCCUACUAGCAGACAUUAGGUAUUAUAACAAGCAUAUUAGCAAGAAAAAAGGAAAUGGUCAUUCUAUUAGUAUUUGACCAUACCUUGCCCCAGGUAACAUUCUCUUUGACUCAUUUCAAGUUAAAAUCACAGCUCCCUCAUCCCAAGACUGACUCAGAUCGUUUAUUUGAACAGGAACUCUGACAAAAGUAUUUGCUCAGGACCCUCACAACCUAGGUGUGGCCCUGUCAGCUUCUUUUUCUUGUACACUCAUUGAAAGGUCCAAGUCUUAAUCACGCCUACAUCCCUCCCCACAAUGGAGCUUAUCUUAGUGCAUUGUACAUAAUAGAUGCUCCAAGAAUAUUUUUCAGAAUGAAUGCCAGAAGGAAUGAGUAAUGUCUCAGGUUUACAUAUUUCUUUUGAUCCAAGGUUUUAACUAUGUUUUCCCUACACGUAUUCCCAGAUCUUCAUCAUUUUUCUGAGUGACAAAGAGGGAUUUUCAUGUCCCCAAGCCCUUCCGUCACUGACCUGCCCGUUGAUGUGCUGAUAGCUUAUCAAGAAGGAACAAACACGCCUCCAGAUUCUCUUGACAGUAAACUGCAAGUGAACUUCAACUCCAAGACAUGUGAAAACAGCCAAGCAUGGGAAUGAUGGUUGAGUGGUUUCAAGUUAGGCAGCCUGGUAGUUUGAACAAUGCUUUGGCUGCAACAAAUUGUAGUGACAGAACAUAUGUUUGUCGUGCUUUGCUUUUGAUCUUCUGCUCCAAGGUUGAGGGUACUCUCUCAAGGGGGAAGGAAAAAAGCAAGAAGAACUGGGAAAAAGAAAACUGAUCUCACCCAUCACUGAAAUAUUUUGUACCUGAAGCACAACCACCCUGAGAGAAGAACAUGGUGGCGGCUCUUCAUAGUCACCUGAUUAAGGGGCUUGGGUUUGGUCCUGACUCAGAGGGAAAUACAACGCCACUGAGAGGUUCUCCCACAGCACCUGAGCCCUCACAGCCAAGCCUGGGCUUGGCCCCAGUGGACAUAAGAGAAAAGAUGACUGCCAGAGCCCCCAGGAGGGUGGGAGGCUUGCUGUUGCCAGAUCCACCCACGUGGAUCACAAUGAGUGCAUGAGGUCAUGGAAUGUUAAAGAUGAAAUGAAAGUGGGUCCUAAGUCAUAAAGUCGCAGGUGGGUGGGCAUCCUUUUGACAGGGCUCCCAGAAGUAGAGCUAUACCUCUCUCCCUGAUGAUCCUGGGAAGGAGCUACAUCUCCCAGACAGAGUUGGGGUCAAGUCCAGGCAUAUCCCACCAAAGCCCACUCUCCCCAGGGCUUGCUGGGAUGGAAGGAUAACUACAGGCCCCCCUGGGAUUUGUCUAGGUGAGGGCAGGGUACACAAAGUUUGAAACAGAGGUGAAUGGACAGGUGUGCUUGUUAGGGAAGAAGCAGAAAGGUGGCAAGAAGCUGGCAGCAGUCCCUGAGAGGGCCCUGGCACCAUGGACAAUGAUGAACUUCUUGAGCCUGAGACUAAAGAUGACAGCGACACUGUAUCAGCCCCGCAGAGCAGUGACGAAACACUCUACUGUGAGGCUGAAGACUCCGCAGCUGUCGAGAAAGAGAAACCAGCUUGGGAGAGCUCAGAAACAGACCUUGAGAUUGAAGAUACCGAUAAACUUUUCACCACCGGACAAAGGGAGCUGUACCUAGAGGCCUGCAAACUGGUGGGCGUUGUGCCUGUCUCCUACUUCCUCCGGAACAUGGAGGGGUCCUACGUGAACCUCAAUCACCACGGGCUGGGCCCCAACGGCACGAAGGCUAUUGCUAUAGCCCUGGUGUCCAACACGACUGUUCUCACGCUGGAGCUGGCAGACAACUCUAUCAUGGAGGAGGGCAUCCUGAGCCUGGUGGAGAUGCUACAAGAGAACUACUACCUCCAGGAGAUGAAUAUUUCUGACAAUAAUCUUGGUUUGGAGGGGGCCAGAAUCCUCUCAGAGUUUCUCCAGAAUGACACCUCUUCCAUCUUUAGUCUUCAGCUCUCAGGAAACAACUUCAAGGAAGAAUCCGCAGAGCUGUUCUGCCAAGCUCUGUCGGCUAAUUACAGAAUUAAGACGCUGGAUCUCAGUCACAACCAAUUCUCUGACAAGGCAGGAGAGUACCUGGGACAGAUGCUGGCCUUCAACAUAGGGCUCCAGUCUCUGGAUCUGAGCUGGAAUCACCUCCACAGCCGGGGAGCAGUGGCCUUGUGCAGUGGCCUCCGGGUUAACACGGCCCUGAAGAAACUGAAUCUCUCUAUGAACAGCUUUGGAAACGAGGGGGCUUCAGCCCUAGGGGAGGUCCUCAGACUCAACAACCGCCUGGCCCACCUGGACGUCAGCAGCAACAACAUCAGCAACGAAGGGCUCUCCAAGAUCAGCAGAGGGCUGGAGGCGAAUGAGAGCCUCAGAGUUCUGAAGCUUUUCCUGAACCCUAUAAGUAUGGAUGGGGCUGUUUUACUGAUCCUGUCCAUCAAGAAGAACCCCAAAUCCAAGAUGGAAGACAUUGACAUUUCCAACGUGCUGGUGUCUGAGCAGUUCGUGAAAAUAUUGGAUGGAGUGUGCGCCGUCCACCCCCAACUGGACGUGAUAUACAAGGCAGUGCAAGGCCUCUCCACCAAGAAAACCCUCUUCACCUGGACGAGUCCCUUGAAACUGAUCCAGAGCUACGCAGACCAACACAAAAUCUCCAUCCUGGACUUCUUCAGGAGUCUGAACCCUAGUGGAGAGACGAUGAUGUCUGUGGGCGCCUUCCGGAAAGCUAUGAUACAGCAAAACAAGGUCCCCAUAAACCGGUACCAAGUGAGGGAGCUGAUAAAGACGCUGGGUGAGAAGACAGACGUGGUGGACUUCAGGUCAGUCCCCACCCUGUGGCCUGUCCCCAUCUGGGCCACCCCUCUGGCCCAGCUGGUCCAGGGUCAGAUGGUGCCGGGAAACGCAUUGGCAGCAGGGGAGCUGGCCCAGGGUCCCCGGCCAGGGCCAGGCUCCACGGAAGAGGGUGGAGAAGAGGCCCAACCCAACGUGUGCUGUGGGGGAAAGAGCUUCCUCACUUGCAAAGGGGGAGCUAAAAGCCCCCCCCAGGUCGCCGUGAGUGCAGGCAUCACUCAGCAUUACGGGGGGCUUGAUGCCAUGCCAGGCGCAGAGAACACGAUCGCGCUGCGGACACCGCCCUUUUCCAUGGCAGUCACUCCGUCCACCCCUGACCCGGCUGCAUGCCCCACUCUCCCACUGCCCAGCAGCAAUUCCAGGCCCAGUUCUGACUCAAGCUAG